ACACAACAACCAUGAGAUUGAUCAUCCGUGAAGACGCCGACCACGUUUCUUCGUAUAUUGCCAACUACAUCAAGGAGCGUAUCGCUCAGUUCAAGCCUUCCGCUGAACGUCCCUUCGUUCUUGGCUUGCCUACUGGUAGCUCUCCUGUCGGUGUCUACAAGAAGAUGGUUGAAUUGCACAAGGCCGGCGAGUUGAGCUUUGAGCAUGUCGUCACUUUCAACAUGGAUGAAUAUGUUGGUUUGCCCCGCGACCAUCCCGAAUCCUACCACUCUUUCAUGUGGAAGAACUUGUUCAUGCAUGUGGACAUCAAGCCUGAAAAUGUUCACAUCUUGGACGGUAACGCUCCUGAUUUGGAUGAAGAGUGCAAGAAAUUCGAAGUGGAGAUCGCCCGUGUUGGCGGUAUUGAACUGUUCUUGGGCGGUAUCGGUCCUGAUGGUCACAUUGCUUUCAACGAACCCGGUUCCUCUUUGACCUCCCGCACUCGUGUCAAGACUUUGGCUUACGAAACCAUCAUUGCCAACGCUCGUUUCUUCGAUGGUGAUGUGACCAAGGUCCCCAAGCUUGCAUUGACUGUUGGUGUUGCCACUGUCAUGGAUGCUCGUGAAGUCGUCGUUAUCAUCACCGGCGCACACAAGGCUAUUGCUUUGGCCAAGUGUAUUGAAGAGGGUGUCAACCACAUGUGGACUGUGUCUGCUAUCCAAAUGCACCCCAAGGGUCUUAUUGUGUGUGAUGAGGACGCGACCCUUGAAUUGCACGUCAAGACUGUUAAAUACUUCAAGUCGAUUGAACACGUACAUCAGAACCUUAUUGGUGCUGAGAAUUUGUCUCUGCAAGGUGGUGUGAAACAAUUGAAAGGUCCCGCAAGCCACCCCAAGACUCCGAUGAAUGGUCCUUUGGAGUAAGACAAACAACGAAAAAGCACCACCUCAGGAAAUAGGGGACUUUUAAAAACUUUUGUUACAUAAUCCGUCCCGUUUUAUUUUUUAUUGUUCAUACAUGUAAACUAUUAUAUAAGUUCAUAACUACUGCAAAAAAAGGAAAUUUUACAUCACUCUUCAUCUG